AUGCCUCCUCCUCUCUCUUCUUCUUCCUUUUCCUCCUCCUCCUCUUUCUUCUUCUUCUAUAUAUGUACAUAUAUAAACAUAAAUCUAUCUAUCUAUCUAUCUAUCUAUCUAUCUAUCUAUCUAUCUAUCUAUCUAUCUAAGGGCUGUCUACUCUCAUCACCUCCCCAGUCCGAUCACAUCUAUCUAUCUAUCUAUCUUAUUCUGUUUCACAUCUAUCUAUCUAUCUAUCUAUCUAUCUAUCUAUCUAUCUAUCUAUCUUAUUCUGUUUCACAUCUAUCUAUCUAUCUAUCUAUCUUAUUCUGUUUCACAUCUAUCUAUCUAUCUAUCUAUCUUAUUCUGUUUCACAUCUAUCUAUCUAUCUUAUUCUGUUUCACAUCUAUCUAUCUAUCUUAUUCUGUUUCACAUCUAUCUAUCUAUCUAUCUAUCUAUCUAUCUAUCUAUCUGUUUCACAUCUAUCUAUCUAUCUAUCUUCUGUUUCUAUCUAUCUAUCUAUCUUAUUCUAUUUAUCUAUCUAUCUAUCUAUCUAUCUUCUAUCUUAUUCACAUCACAUCUAUUUAUCUUAUUCUUAUCGCCGUUCGUUUUAUUGCCUCUUCGUUCCUAUAUAUUAUCGACAUCCGUUAUAACGCCUCUUUGGUCAUAAAUGGAAUCGUCAUUCGUUAUAACGUCUCUUCGGUCAUAUGUAGUAUCGUCACCCGUUAUAACGCCUCUUCGGUCAUAAAUGGAAUCGUCAUUCGUUAUAACGCUUCUUCGGUCAUAUAUAGUAUCGUCAUCUGUUAUAACGCCUCUUCGGUCAUAAAUAGAAUCGUCACUCGUUAUAACGCCUCUUCCGUCAUAUGUAGUAUCGUCAUCCGUUAUAGCCCCUCUUCGGUCAUAUAUAGUAUCGUCAUUCGUUAUAUCGUCUCUUCGAUCCUAUAUAUUAUAGUCUUCCCUUAUAACGUCUCUUCGAGCCUAUGA